UCUGCGUCACGCUUAAUGUGAUUGCCCGACUACUGGGAGUGGAACAUCGCUUCGUACACGCACAAGUGCAGUUCAAAUUCGAUAGCUUUCGCGAAAUGUCGCCUUAUUAUUUUUUACUUGUAUUUUGCUGUCUAAUAUCAUCUCUAUGGGCGAAAAGAGGGGGUGGAGGUUCCGGUGGCAGAUCGACCGGAAGUCAUUACCCUGCAUCUAACGGACUGUCUGGCAAUUCUUAUGUUCAUACUUACCCUCACGCUCCACAAUCUUACCCGCGUGGUACUCAGACUCAUAGCUACCCCCACACGCCGGGUUUCUCUGGGAACAGUCAUUCUCCUCACGGUACGCGACACUCAACACAGGUGAAUCAUUACCACUACUAUCCACCGCAGCAGAUAAGCUAUGGAUCGGUGCAACAUCCUGUGUUCCACGGACAUCCCCCUGUAUACGUUUACGAGUAUAGAAACUCCGGCAGUCGAUUUGAUAACCUAUUAACCGGUUUGGCUUUGUACAAUUUGGGCAGAAUGUCCGCUAAUCAACAUGACCACUAUCACAACAGGGAAUAUACGAGAAGACCAGGCGAGAUAUGCAAACUGAGUAUUUAUAAAACGAAUGGGGAAUAUGAAGAAACUCGUAUAGAUUGCAAACUAAUGUCCAGUUUUAUAUGGGACGCAGAACGCGAACAGAAGAUAAGCACUAAUGUUACUAAAACUGUAACCGUUGUCCAAAACGUGACUAAGGAUGGAAAUUCGACGGUAUCAAUUCAGAAUACUACAGUAGUUGACGCGCUCCAAGUCAAAGGGCCGUCUAUAAGUGUGACGCCAGGGAUGAGUUGUUUUAUGAUCCACGUUUCCAGGGACACUUCGAUCUUGAAAAGGAAAGUGGAUUGCGGCCUCUUGCAAGAAUACGCCACUAAGUCAUUACGAUACAACAGUGGUACAGCAAUAUCACCAAUGAUAUUAGUUUUAUCAUCAACACUUAUCUCGCUUCAGAUAUUAAAAUCACACACUAGUUUGAAUUGUAAAUAA